UGUUUCCACAUAGGUUGGAGUACAUCGCUUCAAAAUUUUGCUUCCUUUGCAAACACAGCCCAGGAAAACAUCGGUGGGUAGCAUCACAUGCACAUUGUAACGAUUAAAGGCGCGCAGUCCGGAUGGUGAGAUGAGAAGCACAGACAGUGGGAUUAACUGAAACCUGGCGGAUUGGACAUUCCCGAGAAACUACUUCUGUUGAGAACACUUCCUGCAUAAAGUUGCCUACGAUUUGGGGAGUGGUAGACAUGGAGAAAGUCGAGUGAAUGGCAGGGCUCAGGGUAUGCGGACUUUUUAACGCUGGAGGCGAGGGGAAUCUAGACUGAGAAGUUCUGAGAGAGAAGCUUUGAAGGCUGCAAAGAAUCUCGCACCUCCAGUGUAAAUUAGAUUUAUACACUCCGUAGGAUACAAGAGGAGAGAAAUGAACAUGGACGCUCACACGGGAACAAUAGCCUGCCGCUAAGGGGGAAGAAAUGUUCCUCUGCGUCACGAUUAUGGAUUUUAAGAUAAAACUAAACCCGGAUAAAAUACGUUGACUAAAAGUGGACCGAGCCACCGUGGAGAUGGUUUGAAGGUAGGUCUUUAUGUUGGAAGUGUGAAAGGACUUUUUUUUCGCCAUGGUCGCACUUUGUUAGGUUUGGUUGCGAGAGCCAGACGCAGUGUGGAGUUGGGGGAAAUGAAUGAGGGAUCCACCCUCUCUGGAGCUAUGAGGGUGAACACGACCACCAUGGAUGGGGGCUCGAAGGAUGCUGAGAAGGACUCCUCGUUUCGCGUGCUCACGGGCUGUUUCCUCUCCUUGUUGAUACUUUCCACGCUACUGGGGAACACUCUGGUCUGUGCGGCCGUGAUCAGGUUUCGCCACCUCCGAUCGAAAGUCACCAAUUUCUUCGUGAUCUCAUUGGCGGUAUCCGACCUCUUGGUGGCCGUCUUGGUCAUGCCCUGGAAGGCGGUGAGCGAGAUCGCGGGGUUUUGGCCCUUUGGUUCCUUCUGUAACAUCUGGGUAGCCUUUGAUAUAAUGUGUUCCACGGCCUCUAUCCUGAAUCUGUGUGUCAUCAGCGUGGACAGAUACUGGGCUAUCUCCAGCCCAUUCCGCUACGAGCGCAAAAUGACACCUAACGUGGCUUUCGUGAUGAUCAGUGUGGCCUGGACCCUCUCCAUCCUGAUCUCCUUUAUACCAGUGCAGUUGAAUUGGCACAAAGCUAAACCCACCACUGUAUUGGAUUACAACAGUUCCCAACACCCGGGGGAGAACUGUGACUCCAGCCUGAACAGGACCUAUGCAAUCUCCUCAUCCCUGAUCAGUUUUUACAUCCCCGUCGCCAUCAUGAUCGUCACCUACACCAGGAUCUACCGGAUCGCCCAGAAACAGAUUCGGCGCAUCUCGGCGCUGGAGAGAGCCGCCGUGCACGCCAAGAACUGCCAGAGCAACAGGAGCAGCGGCAGCAACGCGGACAUCCAGCAGCCCGAGAGCUCCUUCAAGAUGUCCUUCAAGCGAGAGACCAAAGUCCUCAAGACCCUGUCGGUCAUCAUGGGGGUCUUCGUGUGCUGCUGGCUGCCGUUCUUUAUCCUCAACUGCAUCGUGCCCUUCUGCGGGACCCAAGCUCACGCCGGCAGCACGGCGGCGCCUCUGCCGUGCGUCAGUGGCAGCACUUUCGAUGUGUUUGUCUGGUUCGGCUGGGCCAACUCCUCCCUCAACCCCAUCAUCUACGCCUUCAACGCGGAUUUCCGCAAGGCUUUCUCCACCCUGUUGGGCUGCGACACUUUCUGUAACAGCGACGCGGUGGAGACGGUCACCAUCCACAACGGCGUCUCCGCCUACAACCCCGGCGGCUCCCUGGAUAAAGUGGAGAACUGCGUCUACCUGAUCCCCCAUUCGGUGCCGUGCACUCAGGAAACUCCAACGGAUCCCAACCGCUGCGUAAAGCUUUCCCCGGUCUCCCAACAUGGGGCGGUCAGCCUCCUGUCCAGCAGUGGAGACUAUGAGACUGAUGUGUCGCUGGAAAAAAUCAUCCCUGUCACCCAAAACGGCCAACACACCUGA